UGCUAAACGAGGGCAAGCCUCCUCCCCUCCUCUCCCCACCGCACCCCCAGAUCGGCAGCUCCGCCCGCACCCAACACCCAGCGCGCCUCCCGGAUGGCCACCGCCUCCCCCGCUCGUCCCGGGCGCGCGCGGGAGGCGUAGCGUAUGGGCCACUCCCCCUCCUCCCUCUCCAAAUCCAGCACCCAAGCCGGCCUCUCCUCCCCGCCGCGCCACCACAGGUCGCUCUCCUCCAUGGCGCCGCCGCCUCCGCCACCUCAGCCUCCCGUGCAGAUGGUGCAGGUCGCUGCGGGGAGCAGCUCCAACUCCUUCUUCGGCGCCGCUCCGCCCGCGCGGGACUACACGCAGGACCUGCCCGACGAGAUCCUCACUCUCGUCUUCGCGUCGCUCUCGCCCGCCGACCGCAACGCCUGCUCCCUCGCCUGUGCGCGGUGGAAGGAGGUCGACGCCGCCACGCGCCACCGCCUCUCCCUCGACGCGCGCGCCGCGCUGGGCCACACCGCGCCGGCCCUGUUCGCGCGGUUCACGGCCGUCACCAAGCUUGCGCUCCGCUGCGCGCGGGGAUCCGGCGCGGACAGCCUCGGCGACGACGGCGCCGCGGCGGUGGCCGCCGCGCUGCCCUCCGACCGCCUUGCUAGGCUCAAGCUCCGAGGGCUCCGGCAGCUCUCCGACGCGGGGCUCGCCUCCCUCGCCGCCGCCGCACCGGCGCUCCGCAAGCUCUCUGUUGCGUCAUGCACCUUCGGACCCAAGGCCUUCGUCGCCGUGCUCCAGUCCUGCCCGCUCCUCGAGGACCUCUCGGUCAAGCGCCUCCGCGGCCUCCCUGACACGGCCGGUGCUGCUACCGCCAUCACGGAGGACAUCGUGUUCCCACCGGCUUCAUCUCUGCGUUCGGUUUGCCUCAAGGAUCUAUAUAGCGCCCUGUGCUUUGUGCCGCUUGUAGCGUCCUCACCGAACCUCCGUUCGCUCAAGAUAUUACGGUGCUCCGGCGCCUGGGACCUGCCAUUGGAGGUCAUCACUGCGCGUGCUCCUGGACUUGUUGAGCUCCACUUUGAGAAGGUCCAGGUCGGAGACCGUGGCCUUGCUGCACUAUCGGCCUGCAGGAACCUGGAGGUGCUGUUCCUUGUGAAGACCCCUGAAUGCACUGACACGGGUAUCAUCAGUGUCGCAGAGAAGUGCCACAAACUCCGCAAACUGCAUAUUGAUGGGUGGCGCACAAACCGAAUUGGGGAUUUCGGGCUCAUGGCUGUGGCAAGAGGGUGUCCAGAGCUGCAGGAGCUUGUCUUGAUUGGGGUCAACCCAACAGUGCUAAGCCUCCGGAUGCUUGGUGAGCACUGCCGUGCACUGGAGCGGCUUGCUCUUUGUGGGUGUGAAACUGUGGGGGACACUGAGAUCAUUUGCCUUGCUGAGCGCUGUGCUGCUCUCAAGAAGCUUUGCAUCAAGGGAUGCCCGGUGUCAGAUCGUGGGAUGGAAGCACUGAAUGGGGGCUGCCCCAGUUUGGUCAAGGUGAAGCUGAAAAGAUGCCGCGGAGUGUCAUUCGAAUGUGUUGAGAAUCUGAAGGUGACCAGGGGGGAAUCAUUUUCGAUCAGCUUGGAUAUUGUGUUGGAGCAUGAUGCUGGGAGUGCUAGUGAAAAUGGUGCCCAGGAGACUGGGCAAGCGCAGAUUACGGAGCUGGCCGAUCAUAUGGCAUCCAUGAACCUUCCGACCAAUGCUGCUGGUGCGCAAUCGUCGGCUCAUACAAUUAAUAGGAUGAGGAGUGUCAUGUCAGCAAUCCGGCGGAGGUUUGGCAAUCCUCCACCGCUGUGAUGUGAGAUGUAAUUGGUGAACUGUUUUACUGCUUUCUGUUUUCUAAUAACCUUCUCGUGUUUCCUAAGCUUAUUACAUUGCAUAUCCAGUCCAUGCAAGAUAACCAUUAUGGA